AUGGAAAUCCAGGAAGAGAACCCAAUGAUUUUUGUAUAUCUCCUGAACCAAAAUAAGUUUUUGGACCGUGAGCGACUAUCAUUUUUAUCCUAUAACUUUAUGAAAUUAUUUGAUACAUUAAUAAAAUUGGAAAAUGAUUAUAAAAAUUUUAUAUUAAUACUUGGAGGAGAUUUGAACAAUGUUUUAGAUGUUGAAUUAGAAAGAAAAGGUGGCAACUACAAAGAAAAACUUAAAGAAAAUUUUGAAUCGCAAAUAAUUUGGAAUAAUAUAAAUAUUAAAAUUGGAGGUAGUCCUAUAUUUGAUAAAACUAUAUUUGAAGAAGGAUAUAUUCAUGUGAAAGAUAUUUUACUAAAAAGUACAACUGAAUGCGGAAACCUUACUCUCUUAGGCAUAAAAUUAAUUAAAAAAUUAUCUAAAGAAUCCCCAACCCACACUUUGAAAACAAUAACGAUUCCAGAACAAAUAAGUCGAAACCUUUACAUGUUAUAUAAACAUAAAUUAGAUGCCAUAAAACCAAAAUAUAUAUAUGAUAUUCAAAUAAAGAAAUAUUAUUCGAAACCUAAAGGAAUACAGGUUUGGGAGAAAUACCUUGACAAUGAGCUUUUAGAAGAAGACAUUAAGUCUAUAUUCAAAGAAAUACAAGAUGUUUGCUGUAAUAUAAAAUCUAGAAACUUCAAAUAUAAAUUUUUAAAUCGCAUUAUUUUUACAAACGAUAAAUUAUGUAAGAUAGGAAAAGAAAGUUUGACUCUCUGUGAUUUAUGUGGUUCAUGUAUCGAAAGUUUAGAACAUCUUUUCAUUUCCUGCAGCGAAUCACAAAAGGUAUGGGAUAUCCUAUCAAGUGAUAAAAAUUGUAUUAAACUAACAACAUCCUUAAAAGUGUUUGGUUUAUAA